GUGGAUUUUGAUUUUGAUGCCAGUCGGGCCACUCUCCAGCGCAUCACUGACGACUGUGUUAACGUCGGCGGGGGCAGAGUGAUUCCUAGAUUCUUGCAAUUGGCGCGCAUUCUUGAAAGUCGCGACCACCCCUUGUGCCUUGCCUUACUGUCGGUGGUGAAGGACGAAUACACUCUUCUUGUAGCAGCCUUGGCCCAAAUUGCUGCGAUGGAAGAAGAGCUGGCGGAGCACCACAUUAGUCGGAGAGAAUGGCGCCAGCGAAUGCAAAGGCAAAGGCGGAGGAAUGAUUAGCUCGCUCCGUCGUCCGUCGUACUUCCGGCCGGCCGGCAUUGUCUGUGUUGCAGAAUGUUGCUUUGAUUUGCUUUGGGG